AUCCUUCUUCUUCAUUCACAGUUCUUAAUCCUUCAUCGUUCUCUUCUUGCACCAUCUUCAUCUUCAGAGCAAUACUUUACUUCAACCGGAGAUGGAGACUCGUGCUGCAAGGAAAAGGGCUAACUCAAACACUGAACCAAUUGUUCUGAACAACAAAAAACAAAGGGUUGUUUUGGGUGAACUUCCCAAUUUACCUGAUCUUAAUUGUUCUGAAGAAGUUCAAUUUUCCAAUGAAAAAUUUCAAUCUCGGAAGAGAGGUGUUUGUUUGUUUGAGAAUUUCAAAUUGGAUAAGAUGGUUUUCGGUAACAAAAAUACAAGAUUUGAUGAUGAACAGAUUGGUGAACCUUAUGCAUCUGACAUAUCCAAUUAUCUUCGUUCAAUGGAGAAAAAGAGAAGGCCAAUGGUUGGUUAUAUGGAGAAAGUUCAAAGAGGUGUUACUUCAAACAUGAGAGGAAUAUUGGUUGACUGGUUAGUUGAGGUUGCUGAUGAAUAUAAGCUUCUCCCUGAAACCCUUCAUCUCUCGGUUUCAUACAUCGACAGGUUCCUAUCGAUGAACAUUAUCAACAGAUCUAACCUUCAGUUGCUUGGUGUUUCAUCUAUGCUCAUAGCAUCAAAGUAUGAAGAAAUCUCCCCACCAAAAGCUGUAGAUUUCCGCCAAAUUACUGAUAACACCUAUCAGCUGAAACAGAUUAUUAAGAUGGAAGCUGACAUACUCAAGUCACUGAAUUUUGAAAUGGGCAAUCCUCAUGUUUACACAUUUCUGAAGGAGUUUAUUGGAUUUGCAACUGAGAAUCAAAAGACUUCAAAACUUCAAAUGGAAUAUCUGUGUAACUAUCUUGCUGAGCUAAGCUUGUUGGAAUAUGAAUGUAUAAGAUUCUUACCUUCUGUGGUGGCUGCAUCGGUUAUAUUUCUCGCUAGAUUUAUCAUCUGUCCUGAAGUAUAUCCUUGGACUUCAUCAUUGAGUGAUUGCUCGGGUUAUAAAUCGGAUGAACUGGAAGAAUGUGUUCAGAUUUUACAUGAUUUGUAUUUGUCAAGAAGGGCUGCAUCAUUGAAAGCUGUUAGGCAGAAAUACAAACAACAGAAGUUCAAAUCUGUGGCAAACUUGCCUGUAUGUCCAGAGGUACCAAACCAUUAUUUUGAAGAAGAGUGAAGUUGGUAUGAUAGUUCUAAAUGUUAGGUAGGGGUUAAGUGUUGUUUUGUAAUGAACUUAGUUAGUCUCAGCCAUUGGAUCUAUGUACAUAUGGUUGAAGGCCCUUUUUGAUCAAGUUGUUCUUAGGAUCAACUGUAAACAAAUACAUAAAAGUGUAAGAGACAUCAUAUAUUUGCAACAUACAAUGUAUUUUUGCUGUGAUGAAUUAAGAAUAUUAGACCUCAAUUGAAU